AUGGACGAACCUCCUAUGAAACGGCCCAGACGAGCCGACAGUGCUGCAAUGUGGGACAAGGACGAAAAGCCGGAUCCACGUCUGAGUUCAAGCGGCAGAGACAAGCCUCGGGCGCAGUAUGGCGAAGACAGAGAAGGUGGCCGACUCUCUAGACAUGAUGAUGGUCGCCGGAAACGAUCCAGGUCUCGCGAUAAUCAUGAGAGGAGAAAUGAGCGUGAUCGUGACAGAGAGAGGGGUCCGAGAGACCGUGACGCCAAUGGAGGCAUUCGGCGUGACAGAAGCCGGAGCCGCAAUAGACAGAGGGCGCCACGAGGUACGUGGGAAUCUGCAAGAGACAAGGUCAUGGACUCACGCGGCACAGAUUCUCGCAAUGAACGCUCGAAUCGGCGGUCACGCUCACGCUCUCCAUACAAGAACGGUGGUAACACCUCUGUGCGGACGCGCUCUCCCCCUCGGCGGGCAGACCACAAUCGGCCACGGUCAAGAGAACGAACUGGUCUGGGAGGAGACUCUGCGCAGCCAAAACCCAGAGCUGAAGCCGCCGACAAAGAAACCCCAGACGUCAACGGUGACCGUAUGGCGGUCGAUGAGGAAGACGAAGAAGCACUUUUGCGGAAGCUGAUGGGGUUCACCACAUUCAAGACUACACAAAAUACGAAAGUCCCCGGGAACCAGAUUUACGGUGUCAGAAGGGAGAAGAAGAUCGAGUACCGACAGUACAUGAAUCGUGUUGGAGGCUUCAACAGACCCUUGAGCCCUUCGAGGUGA